AUGCCUUCUCCAUACGAGCGACUCGAAGAGCGACCGAAAAGCUUCUUCGCUGCAUUCAUGUCGCCAAUCUCCAAAAUAAAGACAGUUCUCUGGGGUCCUUCCUCCGUGGAGAGAGCCCUGGUUAUCAAACUUGACAGCACUAUUCUGCCGUAUUUCUCCCUGAUCUGGUUUCUCUUUGGCGUGAAUCGUGCCAGUUAUAGCCAUGCAUACAUUAGUGGUAUGAAGGAGGAUUUGAACUUUCAAGGAAAAGAUUUCAAUUAUAUGAGCACAAUUUAUCUCGUCUUUUAUGCUAUCUUCCAGAUUCCCUCAACUUCGCUUCUCACCCUGGCACGACCAAAGUAUGUCUUUGUUUUUGCAAACGUUGGCUGGAGCGUCUUGACAAUGGUCACGUUUGCUAUGCAACACGUCUACCAGCUUUUCAUCUUGAAUGGGUUUGAGGGGGCUUUUUCGGCUAUUGCCUACGUUGGUGCUCAUUUCAUCUAUGGCUCAUGGUACAAGCGAUCAGAACUGAGCACAAGAGCAGCUGUCUUUUGCUGCUUCGGUCAUUUGGGUUCCAUUGCAGGCGGGUGGAUUCAGGCUGGUCUCAUUGAGUCACUCGACGGUAAAAAUGGGCUUCCUGCCUGGCGCUGGGUCUUUAUCAUCGUUUCUCUAAUGACAAUACCAGUCGCAGCCUUGGGCUGGUUCAUCAUUCCAGACCUCCCUUCUCAUAGAAGCGCUUGGUAUCUGUCUCCAGAAGAGAAAGAAAUUGCCGUCACUCGUCUCGGGCAAUUCAAAAGACAGCAAUGGGACCUGACAGUGUUUCGCCGUGUUCUUCUGAGCUGGCAAUUCUGGUUGCUUCCAUUUAUUUUCAUGCUCUAUAGCCUGUGUGUCCAGAGCCUGGGGAAUAAUGUAAUGCCACUGUGGAUGGCCUCUCGCGGCUAUACCGUCAUCCAGCAGAACACUUAUCCUACGGCUAUAUAUGCCACUGCUAUCGUAGGCACUAUCGUCUAUUCUGUCAUUUCUGAUAAGAUCAAUUCACGGUGGCAGCCUUCAAUCGCAAUCGGUGUGACCUUUAUUAUUGGCAGCGCCAUCCUUGUGGCAGACCCAGCACAAGAUGCCGCUCAUUUCUUCGCAUAUUACCUUCUUGGAACCACCUAUGCUCCUCAAGCAUUGUGGUACUCUUGGAUGGCGGAUGUCACGGCGCAUGAUAUUCAACUCCGAGCUAUCACAACAGGCUUCAUGAACUCAUUCGAUUUUGCAUUUGUUACUUGGUGGCCUCUUAUAUUUUAUCCCGUUACUGAUGCGCCAAAUUAUGAGAGGGGUUAUAUAGCGAGCUUGGUAACUGGCUCGCUCGUGAUUCCGUUUAUCGGUCUAAUCACGUUUCUCGAGAGACGAGAUCGCCAGGCAGGGAAGAUUGGAAUGACCUAUCACGAUGACGACAUCUCGCAGCCAGCUACUGACAGAGAACACAUAUCAGAAGACACACAUCAGCAUCAAAACACACACAGCACAAAAUCUCCACCCAUUGUCGCGGGAACGGAUUUGCAACAAUGA